AUGUAUAAUCUCCAAACAUGCCGACCAUCAAUCGCAACAAUCGACAGAAUUGGCGAACGAAACACAACCAUCCAAGAAUGGCAAGCAAGCGUGGAAGUCGGAAUGCAAUCCGUUUGCAAAGCGCCAUGUCCCACACAAUUCAUCUCGUAUCCAAUCCGGCAGUCGGAGAAGCAAGAGGUCCAAAACGACCAAUCCAUUAUCGUACUCAUCAUCCACAAGUCGAUCGAGCCAUUGAUCGUCUGCCUCUUCCUCCUCAACAUUUCCCUGAGCAUGUCCUUCCUGGUCCCCAUCUUCCAGCCCUUGCACAUCCCAACUUCCCACUCCGCCCUCGGGUUUUAA